AGGAAGAGGAGGAUGACCAAAUGGGGAUUCCCCGUCGGUCAGGAUUAGCCUUGAAGGUGAAAGAUGUCGAAAUCCACAUCUUGUCUCUCCCAUUCUCUCUUGCAGGUUUCAAAGACACCUGACGGUGACGAAGAGAGAGGGAACUUGAGUAUGUGCCAGUGACUGACCUUUCUGGUCCACGCUCUCCAGCAAGACACCAGUUCCAGAAAAGAGGAAAAAGAGGCCUUUAUUUGACAGAAGGAGACAGAGAUGGCGGCAGUGACAGGCCCGAAUUCCGAGGGCUCGGAAAUCGCAGAGUUUUAUGAUUCUCGUUGUGUUUUGAUAACGGGAGCGACGGGAUUCAUGGGAAAAGUGCUGGUGGAGAAACUGCUUCGAAGUUGCCCUGGGAUUCAAACCAUAUUCCUCCUAAUGAGAGCUAAAUCCGGCGCAGAUGUUCGCACCCGCCUUCACGAUCUCGUCAGUGCCAAGUUAUUUGACCGUAUUCGAGGGGAGUAUCCUGGGAUCUUGAGCAAGUUGGUGCCAGUGAACGGAGACAUCACCCAGCCAGGCCUUGGGCUUUCUCCCGAAGACGAACAGAUGCUGAUCGACAGAGUCUCUGUCGUCUUCCAUGCAGCUGCUACGGUGAAGUUCGACGAGGCCCUCAAGAUGUCUGUGAACAUGAAUGUCCAUGGUACUAAACGUCUCGUCUCCCUCUGCCACAAAAUGAACAAACUCGCCUGUUUGGUGCACGUGUCGACGGCGUACUGCAAUUGCGAUCGAGAGGAAGUAUUAGAAACGGUGUAUCCUCCUCCCAUGGAGCCAAAUCACCUCAUUCCUGCCAUGGAGUGGAUGGACGAAGCCCUCAUUCGAGACAUCACCCCCAGGUUGGUUGGGAAUCGGCCCAAUACGUACACCUAUACAAAGGCAUUGGCAGAGCACUCUCUGAUCACGGAAUGCGGGAACCUUCCCACGGCUAUCGUGAGACCUUCUAUAGUGACGGCAGCGUGGAGGGAACCUGUGCCAGGAUGGGUGGACAACCUGAACGGUCCGACUGGGUUGCUGGUUGGAGCAGGGAAAGGCGUUCUCAGAACCAUUCUGUGCUACCGAGAAAAAAGGGCCGACCUCGUCCCUGUUGACAUCCCCAUCAACCUCAUGAUUGCUGUCGCCUGGUAUACCGCCACACGAAGACCCGGGAAGGUGUUGGUCUUCAAUUGCACUUCGGGAGAAUUCAAUCCCAUCCGAUGGGGAGACAUUGAGACUUGGGGUCAUACUAUCAUUCACAAGUACCCAUUCAACGAUGUUCUCUGGUAUCCCAGUGGGGCCUUCAAGACCUCUAAGACUCUCAACAAUAUCUAUGGCUAUUUCCUUCACUACCUCCCGGCUUAUGUCCUUGAUGGCAUCGCACUCGUCUCCGGAAAGAAACCCGUGAUGCUUCGGAUCCAGAGGAAGAUGACGCGAGCUAUGGACGCCCUGGAGUAUUUCACGACUCGAGAAUGGCUCUUCAAGUCUGAGAAUGUCCCGAUGCUCCUGCAGCAAUUGAACCCAGUAGACCGGGACAGGUUCAACUUCGACAUUCGAGGACUGAACUGGUAUUUGUACCUUCAGAGUUACAUCCUUGGGACUCGGCAAUUCGUGCUCAAGGAAGACCUUUCCUCCCUCCCGCGAGCUCGGAGGCACCUCAGGAAGUUGUAUUGGCUGAGGAUAUUGGUGCAUACCGUGUUGGUGAUGGUGGUUCUUCGAUUCCUGCUCAUGCGGUCCGACACCGUCCGUCAUAUGAUCCUCAAAAGCAUUCAUUCUCAACCACAAGCAGAUCCUAAAACCACUCCUAUCGUUACCCUCUUCGACUACUAACUUUUGGGCCAAAGUCCUGUCCAUGGAAUCGGACCAUUUCAGCCACUGGGCAACAGGAGGUGAAAAAGGUGAAGACACAACAGUGGACUGAUCCAGGGAUUCUCUUAUCUGCCCGAUCAUCAGUCGCUUUCCCGUUCUCGUCUUGCCAAAUCCGUGUCUGUGAAAUCCUGUGCUACUGUGAAGUCUUCACGUCACUGUUGUGACAUCGUUGGGAAUCAGCCAGUCCAAAUGGCAUAUUUAAACUCUGCAGUCUCCGAUUGUGUUUACAUUGGGUCAUGUGCAAGAAUACAGGGUGGACGAUGUUUGCCGCACGGUUUGUCUGGUUUGCACAAAAGUUGCGUCUAUCAGGGUUCCCCUUCCGUCCCGCGUUGAGAAAGCUAUUGUUCCACGCUCUUUAAUAUAUCCUUGUUCCACAGCAGUAUGAAAUAGUCAAUAUUUUUGUGGGAAAAAGUGUGAUGAAGCCGUCCCCCAUCAGGUUGGACCUGAGGGAAAAUCGAUCACCCGAACUGUUGGAAACGUUCUAGUCUGUUGCUGGAGUGGAAAUGUUACUUACUCUUGCAACAACUUUAUAUGUUUCCAUGCCUUGAUGUAGCUCAUAGCGUCCCUUAUGUACCUGCCAAAGGAAGUAGACAGCUGACAGACCUGUUCUUUAUAGGCUUUUUUCUUUUGACUAUAUAGAUAAAUUCUUUGCAACUUUGUAUCAUUUCUUUAUUUUUCACUCCCUUUUGGAUGACUGCGUCAGGUUGUCCACGUUUGAGAAAUUGUUGUGUAUAUUGUGACAUAGUGAUUUUUUCUAUUCAUGCAGAUGUUACUUGAACAAAUGACAAGACGUUUGGGUUCCUUCAUGUCCCUAUGUCACAUAUUUUAUUUGUUACCCUUGGGAAUGUGAAAGUUGAACGAAAUGAAGAGUGGGAGUCACA